GCUCAUCGAAAUGCGUGAAUUCCAAUGCCCGACGCAGCAUAAUCUGAAUUUUAUUCUCACCAAGGCUAACCAUUUUCAAACGGUGAUAAACAUCAAUGGUUCCGAGUGGAAGGCAGAAGGACUUCCAUGACCAUCUAUAACGUUAUAAAGAAUAUUGCAACUGUUCUUUUGCUGCGUUUCAUGUCUGUAUUUUGCAUCAUUCUAUCUGCGAGUGUCAUAAAGACCGAUCAGAGCAUUCGUCAUCAUGUUUUAAGCUUGAUAGGAGUGUCAGAUCCGUGCCGGAAUGUGUCUCGAGUCACAACAGUGUUCUCCGUCUUUCUGUUGUCUCUUCGGCUCGGUUUAUCCAUCUUUCAUAUUUACCAUGUCUGACGGGCUCGGUAUACGUGUAGCAUUCCUUGGUAGACCACCUUCUGACGUGAUGCUAUUGCUCUCUGUGGCCAUAGGAUGCUGUAAAGGCUUGCGCGGACUGAAUCGGCAUCAUAUAGUGAUAUGUUGGUGAGGAUCCGUAAGUAAUCAAUUACAUGCUGCUAUAAAAAAUACACGUUCCCAUCCGAUAUUUUUUAUAUUGUUCAAGGCCAAAGUCUCCAGUACGGGGAACAAAUACGAAACAAG